UCUAUACACAAAUUGUUGGUAAUCACGCAUUAACAUUGCCUCUCUCAGGCUAACUUCUCCUUCCCUGAAACCCUAGAGAUUUUCAGUGACUCAGGGUUUCUAGGCUUUCCUUGCAUCGGUUGAAGAUGAAGACCAUCUUAGCCUCUCAAACCAUGGAUGUACCAGAGGGUGUCAAGGUCCAUAUCAGAGCAAAACUCAUCAAGGUGGAAGGACCUCGAGGAGUUUUAACGCGGAAUUUCAAGCAUUUGAACCUGGACUUUCAACUCACUGAGGGUGGUCGAAAGCUCAAGGUGGACGCCUGGUUCGGUUCUAGGAAAACGAUGGCGGCCAUUAGAACGGCCAUUAGUCAUGUCCAGAACCUUAUUACUGGUGUAACUAAGGGGUAUCGGUAUAAGAUGAGAUUUGUGUAUGCUCACUUUCCCAUCAAUGCUAGUAUCGCCAACUCGAACAAGAGCAUCGAGAUCAGGAACUUUUUGGGCGAGAAGAAGGUGAGGAAGGUGGACAUGUUGGAAGGUGUAACUGUCCUUCGUUCUGAGAAGGUGAAGGAUGAAUUGAUAUUGGAUGGGAGUGACAUUGAGCUUGUUUCUCGAUCAGCUGCUUUGAUAAACCAGAAAUGCCAUGUGAAGAACAAGGACAUAAGGAAGUUCUUGGACGGGAUUUACGUGAGUGAGAGAGGCACAAUGGCUGAUGAAGAGUGAGGUUUUAUUAGAAGAGGUUUUAUUAGAAUUCCUUAUUGUUACAUGAUCGCCUUUCAAACGUUUUGUAGACACUUUGUAGGGCCAAUUUUGCAAUGGGAAAGGCCAAUUUUUUAUUUACUUUAUUUCCGCCAAACCUGGUUUUGGUGGCAUGGCGAUGUUUUGGACGUUAUAUUCAGUUUGUAGCUCAAGUGUUUUUUCUUAUAAUGAAUUGAGGAUAGUCUUAACAAAA